UGGUAGGAAACUGCCAAGUGGAGAUUUAUGGUAAGAGUGACGCUGCGAGUGUAUAUAUACUGGUGUACCAUCAGAGUGAACAGUAACGCAAGAGUCGUCAACCAUACACCUACACACUUCUCCAGCUUGAAAACUAAUCUUCACCAUGAACAGGUCACACAUGACGGUGGUGUUGUGUAUCUUCAUGGUGUGGGCGACUGUCAUCCACCCUACCACUGCUGAUGACAGCGAUCGUGUUGGACUAUCUUCACUUCCCGGCUGUUCGACGCUAAGCAUUGACUGCAAAGCCACGCCCCAACAUUAUUGUUGUGUCCGGGGUUUCCACAAGCAUGGGAAACGUUCAGCCCCUGUGGCAUACAAAGAGCGCGUAACCUUUUCUCGGCAGCGCAAGUACCCACCCUCAUUGGAAGGCUCUCUCCCCAACCAGCGAACCAGUACUAGGGAUGGACGAUGGAGCCCCAUCCCUUCCUGUACCUGAACACCAGGUUCAGCUAAUGCGAAGAUGGUCUUGGCAAUCGCAGAAUGUGUUGUGGGCACCACCCGCCUGUCUGCCCUUGUCAUUUCCAUACUAGAGCUGGUUGAGCACGGUUGUUCAUUCUGUCUCCAGGCUGUGGAUAUUUACAUAUCUGUAAAUAUCCACAUUGCUCUUGGGGAAGGAAGUAUAUUACAAAGUCAAAGUUA